AUGGCAAGCCUCCUCAAGCAGCCACUGAAGCUUGCUCUGGUCCAACUGGCGGCAGGCGCCGACAAAGCAGCAAAUCUCUCUCAAGCACGGUCGAAAGUACUCGAGGCAGCAAAGGCAGGCGCGAAACUGAUAGUGUUGCCUGAAUGCUUCAACUCUCCUUACGGGUGCCAAUACUUUCCAAAGUAUGCCGAAACCAUUCUUCCAACACCACCACCCAAGGACCAAGCUCCCUCAUGGCAUACACUCUCCUCCAUAGCAAUGGAAGCCAAAGCAUAUCUUAUUGGUGGAAGUAUACCUGAGUUUGUUCCUGACACGAAGAAGUACUACAAUACGUCCUUGGUCUUUUCGCCAGCGGGCAACCUUAUUGCAGCUCAUCGCAAGACACAUCUAUUCGACAUUGACAUACCUGGCAAGAUCACAUUCAAGGAAAGCGAUGUCCUUUCGCCUGGCAACAAGGUCACAAUCUUCGACAUGCCCGAGUAUGGACAGAUCGGGCUUGCCAUUUGCUACGAUGUUCGAUUUCCCGAGCUCGCUACAAUAGCGGCACGAAAAGGUGCGUUCUUGUUGGUCUACCCAGGCGCUUUUAAUACUACCACCGGUCCGAUGCACUGGUCAUUGCAAGGAAGAGCGAGGGCCAUGGACAACCAAGUCUACGUGGCAUUGUGCAGUCCGGCAAGAGAUAUGGAUGCAAGUUAUCACGCAUGGGGUCACACGAUGCUGGUCAACCCGAAUGCCGAAGUCAUCGCUGAGGCGGACGAGAAGGAAGCAAUCAUAUAUGGCGAAUUAGAAGGAGCAAAGAUUGAGGAGACACGGAAGGGAAUUCCCUUGAAUACACAGCGCCGCUUCGAUGUCUAUCCCGAUGUCAGCGCAGGGACGGCUGCAACACCACACCUUGCUCGUCGCCUAACCUCCAUCCUCACCCCCGCAUCCAAAAUGCCGAAAGAGAAACCGUCAACCACCCCCAAGGUGCCGCCGAACAAAAAGACCGGCCACCGCUCCGCCAUCACCGAUGUCGUCGCACGAGAAUACACCAUCCAUUUACACAAGCGAGUCCAUGGCGUUUCAUUCAAGAAGAGAGCUCCUAGAGCGAUCAAGGAGAUUAAGAAGUUUGCGACGUUGUCGAUGGGAACCAAAGACGUCCGCCUCGAUCCACAGCUGAACAAGAAAGUCUGGGAAUCCGGCAUCAAAGGCGUUCCCUACAGACUGCGCGUCAGGAUCUCGAGAAAGCGAAACGACGAGGAGGGUGCAAAGGAGAAGCUAUACAGCUAUGUGCAAGCGGUGAAUGUGCCGAGCGCGAAGGGUUUAGCUACUGCUGUGGUGGAGGAAUGA